AGCGCAAGAACGAGGACGACACACGUUUCGUUUUCUGUCUCUUGCUUCUCUUUGCUGCUUGUCUUUUCUACCAUGCCUGAGCCUGCAAAGUCCGCUCCCGCCCCGAAGAAGGGCUCCAAGAAGGCUGUGACCAAGGCGCAGAAGAAAGACGGCAAGAAGCGCAAGCGCAGCCGCAAGGAGAGCUACUCAGUGUACGUGUACAAGGUGCUGAAGCAAGUGCACCCCGACACCGGCAUCUCCUCCAAGGCCAUGGGCAUCAUGAACUCGUUCGUGAACGACAUCUUCGAGCGCAUCGCAGGCGAGGCGUCGCGCCUGGCGCAUUACAACAAGCGCUCGACCAUCACGUCCCGGGAGAUCCAGACGGCCGUGCGCCUGCUGCUGCCCGGGGAGCUGGCCAAGCACGCCGUGUCCGAGGGCACCAAGGCCGUUACCAAGUACACCAGUUCCAAGUGAUUUUGCAUAACUCACUCCUAACCCAAAGGCUCUUUUCAGAGCCACCCACAUUGUCACUGUAAGUGCUUGUAAUGCUUGGUUUCUCAAAAGUUGGAAAUGACAUGCUGUCGGGUAAGUACGUGUUUAGUGUGAAGGUUAUAUAUAUGUUUACCUCAAUGUUACUCUGCCAGAUAUACUAUUUGCAACUUCCACUGUAAGCU